AUGGCUGGGCUCAAGUUCCUGUCGUUGGCGGCAUCCGCCGUCCUUUUACUGGCCAGUCGGGCUACAGCAGAACCCGUUAAGAGCACCGCCGAAAGGGUAAACUGCUCGGCUGCAAUGAACACUGCCCGCGGCCGUGGAGCCUUCGUUGAACUUAGCGUUCAAGAGGAACCAGAUAAGCAACUGCCCAUUACGACUACAACCACAACUACCCCGCCAUCUACUCCGGAAACAGCCUCUGCUCCAAACGAUGAGUACAUACAGAAUGUUUGCACGGCCAUGAAAGCAAGCACGCCCAUUUCACAGGCGACUAAACCAGAUGGCACCUUCGCCUACGCAGUGCAAACAGGAGAAGAAGCUGACUGUAAGGCCGCAGUUGAUUACUGGCAAAAGGCUUAUUCCAAAUUCGGCGAUUUACCCCCAGUUUUUGCGAACUACACAACAGCUCCAUACAAUGAUGCCAACAAUGUCUCUUUAAUUUCCCUGUUUAACCCUAAAGAAGAUCCCACGGUGGACUGCGCAUACUUCAAAUGCGCAAACCAGGCAAAAAAUGCAGUGGAGUUCAAAGCACUACUUUGUGUCACAGCCCCGAAUGCCUUGGAAAAGGAUAAACAACCCUUCACUGAAGAUGAGUGGAAACGCAUUAACACCGCCAUCAACUCCGGAAGUGCAGCAGUUCCCACUGCCAUCGUCGUUGGUGCCGCCGCACUGGCUGCCCUUUUCUUGUGA